UGGUGGCGAUAUUACAGAACUAAUGCUGAUUCCGUUCACUUGAUCGGGCGGAUCCAAACUUCCACAUCAGUGUUCUUUCUACGCAGUUCCGCUUGAACUAUCGUCUUGUGUAACUGCGUCCAGGCAGAAUUGUUCAGAUUAUCAUAUCGCCCAAUCUACUGAUACCAUGGCAACCCACGUUUCAGAUGUCGGUCUGGCUCAAAAUGCUGCCAAGGUUACUAACACCUUUGCAUCUAAUCUCUUCCGAGUGUUGACUGAGGGAGAAAGCUCCAACAACAACAUCUUCUUUUCUCCUAUGAGCAUCUCCACUGCACUUGCUAUGACCUUCAUGGGGGCACGUGGUGAGACAGCAAGCCAGAUGAGUCAAGUACUUCACUUCAACAUCUUAGAAGAAUCUGUCCUCCAUCAGUCAUUUGCUGACCUGAGAGCUCUGGUUUUCAGUCCUGAAGCACCCGCUGGUAAGACAGCAAGCCAGAUGAGUCAAGUUCCUCCCUCCAACAGCGCAGAAGAAUCUGUUCAUCAGUCAUUUGCUCGCCAUAGGGCGCGUCCUGCAAUUCCUUGCACUCUGGUAGCUGCCAACAGAUUGUUUGCUCCUAAGGGAUUGGAUGUCCUUGCGACAUUUGUUGACGACAGCAUGAAGUACUACGGAGCCAGUAUGGAAAUUCUUGAUUUCAUUGGUGAUGGGGAAGGUUCUCGUCAACACAUCAACUCCUGGGUGGAGAAGCAAACUGCAAACCGCAUCAAAGACUUACUUGCUGCAGGAUCAAUCGAUGAUAUGACUCGCUUGGUGCUGGUCAAUGCCAUCUACUUCAAAGGAGAUUGGGCUGCCAAGUUUGAUUAUCAGCACACAAAUUUCAAUGGGAAGUUCCGUUCUUUGGGUGGGUCCGAGAAGAUUACCAUGAUGCACAAGACAGGCAAGUUUCACUAUGCUCGUGACGAUUCCGUGAGCAGUUCUAUCCUGGAGCUACCUUACCUCAAGAAUGAAGUGAGCAUGUUCAUCGUGUUACCUGAUCAAGUGGAUGGGCUGGCUGAUGUGCAGAAGAAGUUGAGUCAAGAUAAAAUUGACUCCUGGGUGACAGAUGCUCGUAUGCGUGACAGUCCUACUGUCAUCGUGUCUCUUCCAAGGUUUGACCUGGAGCAGGACUUUGUCUUGAAUGAUGUCUUGAGGAAGAUGGGUAUGAAUGAUCCAUUUCAUGUUGGCAAGGCUGACUUCUCAGGGAUGACAGGAGACAAAGAUGUCUUCAUAUCCACAGCGAUUCACAAGGCUUUCUUAAAGGUGAAUGAAGAAGGCAGUGAGGCAGCAGCAGCUACAUCUUGGCCUAUGUGCUUUGGUAUCGAUUUCCCACCAAAAGGUGCUGUAGAAUUCAAUGCAGAUCACCCUUUCUUGCUGUUCAUUUAUGACAAUAAAUCCAGAGCUGUUCUGUUUAUGGGACAGCUGUGCCAACCAAAACAGUAAACUUUGGUGUGGCAAAGUAUGGAUAAUUGUCAAUGACUGUAGAGCAGGUGUAUUGAAGCACUUAAGCUAAACAACACUGGAUGUGUUAUAUACACAAUGCAUAUGUGAUCUUUUGAUUAAAACAAUAUUCUCUUCAGGACUUGUUGGCUAAAAAAGUAUAACGUACAAUGUUGGAAUAAGCUCCUGUUCUUGAACUGUGAUAGAUGGUAUAAUAUUAUAUAGCAUUUUGUUCUCUCUUUUUUUCUUUAGAGAAGUUCUAGUUUGUUUAUUCGUCAACAUGAAUUUAUAAAGACAUUUUGUUUGUUGCUAGGGAAUGGACAGCGAAUCAAAGAGUGUACAUUGAAGCUUUUGAUGAACAAAAACAAUUGUAACAUUAUUCACAGAUUCUUCAUGUAUUAUAUAAAUAAACUGAUGUGAAUAAUCAGGAAUUUUUUUAAUUGAAACUGGCAGAUUUAGGUAAUUGCAACAGACUUAUAUUCAGCGUGGCACACUUUGGAGAUGUAAAAUGAAGUUAUAAUAUGAACACAGAAAGUUGGAUGAAUUAAGGAAUACUUUCAAAUGAAAAUCAAAAACGGAAACCCUUGAACAUUGGCCACAAAGCACAUUGGUUUCAUCAAACAUUGAAAAAGGCUAAGGAUGAAUGUGUGUUCGCUGCACAGGGCAAAACUGACAACCUGUGUUAACAUAAAUCCACAAAAAAACUAGAUAUCAGAAUCAUCAUGGGACUGAGGCAAACCUUCUACCGAAGAAAUUCAUACUGCGUUCAAGCACCAAUAAAGUACAUUGUUACAUUUUCAUUGUGUGCGUUAAGUCACAUGAAAAUCAAUCAGGAAAAAUCAUAAUAUAAUGCCUGAAGUAUAAGUGAAAUAUGGGGAGAAUCCUU